UUCCCAUCCUAGCUAGUACCGUUAUUAUUCCAGCAGUUUUCACCCAAAGCAGUGUAGACAGGCAGGAAAGAAGGUGAUAGAUGUUCAAAUCGUCUGGGUAAAUAUGUUAAACCUGAAGCGAUAAUAGUAAAGAUGUAGUCGGGAUCAGAACGGUUCAUCAUACAGAUGUUACCAGAUGGGGAGAAGGGAAUCGUUCAUCUGGUGUAAUAGUCUGACGGUAGGGACAUUUUUAUGACGCUAUUUCAAUGUAUUCUAGCCAAAGUAUGAGCAAUAUGAAGGAUACACCGACUAUCCGUCAACAGAGCUCGGAGAAUAACUCCGUCAGCAGUAGUGAAUGGGAUAUGGCAAAUGAUGUGUUUGUGACCGGCUACGACGACACUCCGAUGGGAGAAGGUGUUGCUGCCGGGGAAGGGGAUCCGGAGCAGCCCGGUCUGGACCGACACCUGCCGCUGCUGUCCCCGGAUGGCCUGAUGCUGGGCCUGGCCGGGGAACAGUACUCGGGCUCAUCGUAUCUGGACCCAAACUACACGGAAAGUGACGGGAAUGUGACAACCAAAAAGCGCAUACGGUCCAACAGCUCCCGGCACCGCGGCGAGGUGGUAACGGAGCUGGGACCGGAGGAGAUCCGCUGGUUCUACAAAGAGGACAAGCGGACGUGGAAGCCAUUCGUCGGACACGACUCUUUAAAAAUUGAGAUUGUCUAUCGGAGGUUCAGUGAACAGAACCCAGACAAGGUCAAACGCCCCGCGGAACCACCCGAGGCCGAGGGGAAGGAGGCAACCCAGGCAGAGAGCGGGGCGGUGGACGGGGUCCGGGCGGAGCCGCCGGUGCUGGGCGGCGGAGGGCAGCGGCUCUCCGGGUCAGAGGAGAUGGGGGACCCGGACGACAUCCUCAUUGGCGUGGAGGCAGUGUGUGUCAGAGGGGGGCUCUAUGAAGUGGAUAUCAAGGAGAAGGAAUGUUACCCUGUUUACUGGAACCAGCAAGACCGUAUCCCUGUGAUGAGGGGGCAGUGGUUCAUCGACGGGACGUGGCUUCCCCUGGAGGAGGACGAGAGUGACCCCAUCGAGAUCGAGUACCUGGCCCGUUUCCGAGGGCAACAGAUGAGGGACACCUACGAGAUGGAGGUGGUGGACACCACAGUGGACAGCAAGGAUGCCAUCCACAGCCGGAAACUGAGCCGGAGUCACGUGGACUGGCACAGCGUGGAGGAGGUGUAUCUGUACAGCGACGCCACCACCUCCAAGAUCGCUCGCAGUGUCACACAGAAACUGGGCUUCUCUAAAGCCUCCAGCAGCGGGACACGUCUCCAUCGGGGAUACGUGGAAGAGGCGGCACCUGAGGACACCCCACCCGAAACCACCCACAUCGUCUUUGUGGUGCAUGGCAUUGGCCAGAAAAUGGACCAGGGUCGCAUCAUCAGGAACACCAGCAUGAUGAGAGACGCUGCCAGGAAGAUGGAGGAGAAGCACUUCUCAAAUCGCACCACAGAGCAUGUAGAGUUCCUUCCUGUGGAGUGGAGGUCAAAGCUGGCUCUGGAUGGAGACAGGGUGGACUCCAUCACCCCAGACAAAGUGCGGGGCCUCAGAGACAUGCUGAACAGCAGCGCCAUGGACAUCAUGUACUACACCAGCCCGCUGUACAGAGACGAGAUCACCAGAGGUUUGACUCUGGAGCUGAAUCGUCUGUACUCGCUCUUCUGCACGCGAAAUCCGGACUUUGAGAAAAACGGGAAGGUGUCGAUAGUGUCUCACUCGCUGGGCUGCGUCAUCACCUUCGACAUCAUGACAGGCUGGGACCCCGUGCGCUUUCAUCAUCAAGAAGUGCCAGACCCGGAGGAGGCCAAGGCCCGCUGGCCUAAUGGUGAGGAGCGCCACCUUCAGGAGCAGUUGAGACUCACGCGCCUCAGGUUGAGAGACUUAGAGGAUCAGUUCCAGGGUCUGCGGACUUCCUCUUCUGCUGUGCCAGAGUUGAAAUUCAAGGUAGAAAACUUCUUCUGCAUGGGCUCUCCUCUGGCUGUUUUCUUGGCUCUGCGAGGGAUCCGGCCUGGAAACAGCUGUGUGCAGGACCACAUUCUCCCCACAUCCAUCUGCAAACGCCUCUUCAACAUAUUCCAUCCCACAGACCCCGUGGCAUAUAGAUUGGAGCCUCUCAUCUUAAAGCACUACAGUAACAUUGCACCUGUUCAAAUCCACUGGUACAACACCACCAGCCCGACCCGGUACGAUCAGGUCCGGCCCACGCUGCUGAACCCCCCCAAGGAGACGGCCUCAGUGUCCGACUCAGAGAGCAUCCCCAGCCCCUGCACCUCCCCCCCGCAGGUCCGACGGCACUACGGAGAGUCCAUCACCAGCCUCGGCAAGGCCAGCAUCAUGGGUGCUGCCAGUAUUGGAAAGGGAAUCGGAGGAAUCCUGUUUUCCCACUUUUCCCGUUCCAGUGGCCAGGUGGGCGGAGUGGAGGAGGAGCCAUUAGAUCCUGAGGGCGGAGCCUCUGAGGUUGAAACAGUGGCAUCAGGAGAGGAAGGAGUAACUGUAGCAGAAACCGAGGAGAAGGACAAAGAAAUCGAGGAGGAGAGGACAGAGGUGGAGCCCGUCAUGUCCCAGUCCAUCUCAGCGGUCAUGGACAGCACCUCGUUGGAACUGGAGAGACGCAUCGACUUCGAGCUGAGGGAGGGCUUGGUGGAGAGCCGCUAUUGGUCGGCAGUGACCUCACACACAGCCUAUUGGUGCUCUUAUGACGUGGCACUGUUCCUCCUCACCUUCAUGUACAGACCACAGGAGCCUGUGGAGCCUGCAGAGGACAGCCCAGAGACCUCGUAGCAUGCAAACUGACACAUGGAGCCAUAACGGGUGGGGUCACUUCCCUUUCUAUUCACCCCUUUGAAUAUAGACUGAAAGCCCAGUUUAUGGAACAUUAACAAAAAAAUUACGUUUCUACAUCUUAAGUUUCCAAAUUCUAAAUCAGAAUUCUCAGCUUGAUUUUUGUGAAAUAAUACCGUAUAAAUAACAAAUUAUUUCAUAUAUUCUAGGAUUUGGAAAUGUGGGAAUUUGGAGGACUUAUUAUGUUUACAUGUAAUGUCAUCGAACAAUAAUCAAUUAUCAAGUAGUUGAUUUGACUGGAAAGGGGUUUGUAAAACAAGACUUAGUCUAAAGCCCUGCUUGCGGUUCAACACUACAGCUUUGCCAU